ACCUCCUCCUCCGCCCCACCACCUCCGCCCUCCCCAUUCCUCCCCCAAAAUGCACCUCACUAUCCACGAAACCGCCGUGGUCCGCCCUCUUAAAUCCCCUUUUGACCACGAUCACCUCCUCUCUCUCUCCCACAUCGACACCGACCGCAAUCUCCUCGUCACUCUUCGUUACCUUCGGCUUUAUUCCAACACCCUCCACCAAAAUGCGGACCCUUUCCGCGUCAUCUCCGCCGCCCUCUCCGCCGCCCUCGUCCACUAUUACCCAUUCGCCGGUACCCUUAAACGCCGCCUCCCAGACGGCCGCCUCGAGCUGCAUUGCCGCGUGGGCGAUGGAGUCCCGGUCGUUAGCUCUGUUGUUAAUUCUCCGUUGAGCUCUGUCAGUUACCUUGAUGAUGUUGGCGUGGAAGAGUUUGCCCAGCAGCUGGUGCCCGACCCCGAUCCCGAAGAGGACUCGAUUCGACCCAUGACACUGCAAGUGACAAGAUUCAGUUGCGGCGGGUUUGUUCUUGGGGCAGCAGUACAUCAUGCCAUCUGCGAUGGCCUUGGAGCGACCUUGUUCUUCAACGCCAUGGCAGAGUUGGCACGUGGAUCGGGUCAUGUGACUGUCGACCCGACUUGGGAUCGGUCCACUUUGCUGGGACCAAGGAACCCGCCCCGUGUAGAGUUCCCAAUUCAUGACUUCUUGAGCUUGGACAAGGAUUUCUUCCCUUAUAAGGGUUCGGGCAAACGGGUCAUCAAGGAUUGUUUUAGUGUGAAAGAGGAAUGGUUGGAUCAGCUGAAGGGAUUGUUAUUCAAGCAAUCCGGGUUAAAGUUUACCACUUUUGAAGCAUUGGGUGCUUUUAUAUGGAGGGCAAGGACUAGAGCCAGCAAAGUACCCGGAGACGAAAAGGUCACAUUUGCAUAUUCCAUCAACAUCAGAAAGACAGUGAACCCACCUCUUCCCGCUGGCUACUGGGGCAACGGCUGUGUUCCGAUGUACGUACACCUCACGGCGGGAGAGGUGGCGGAGCAACCCAUCUGGCGAACAGCCGACUCCAUCAAGAAAAGCAAGCACAACGCCACCAACGAGUACGUUUCUUCGUUUAUCGAAUUCCAGGAGUUGCAUUACGAGAAAGGGAUUAGCGGUGGAAGGAGAGUGAGUGGAUUUACCGACUGGCGACACUUGGGCCAUUCGACGGUGGACUUCGGAUGGGGCGGGCCCGUGGCGGUGGUGCCGCUGUCGAGGCACUUGUUGGGGAGCCCAGAGCCUUGCUUUUUCCUGCCGGGAAAGGAGCAGACCAUCAAGGUUUUGGUUGUGUUGGAGGAAGAUUUGGUCUCGGUUUUCAGGCAAGAAACGGAUGAGUUGAAGAAGGGAUUCUUCUUCUCAGGCUCAGCAAUAUGAUGAUAAAUGUGAUUAUUGUUAUUAAUGUUUCAAUUAUUUAGAACUACUUUGCCUGUUAAUGUAGUUGAAAAUUUAGUUAUAAUUGGCUAUCAA